CACGGGAAAAGACUGUUGAAGACGUUGAGUUGGCUAUUUUUUUUCCACGAAAAAGAUGCUCCCGUGGCCACGAUGAGCGGCCAUCAGCAGCGCGCGAUGUCUGAGACUCGCGCGACGGUGGGCGGUACAGCCAGUCCGUCCUACUCGAGUCAGACGACCGGCCGGCCGCGCGGUAUGAACGAGUCGCGCCUGACUCCCGGUCCCGGCGAGGAGUCUUCGCUGUCCCCGCAGGACUACAACUUGCAGCAGUCGAACCUGCAACUGCUCAAGGCAGAACUGAAGCUGGUGACUCACGAGCGGGACAGCCUACGCAAGGAGCUCACCAAACUGAACAAGACACUGUCUGAACGCGAGCUGGCCAUCCGCCGGCUGGGCGACGACCCCUCCUCGCCUGCCCACGGCCGCCACGGGCCGCUGCAGCUGCUCCACCAGACGGCAGGGGCCGACGCCGGGCAGUAUGACUCCAUGUCUCGUCACGGCAGCCAGAGCAUGGAUGGCUCGUGGGCAGCGGCCGCUCCGGCCACCGUCUCCUCCAAGGAUCACGAGAAGCUGCGGCUCCACUACGAGAGGGCCAUGCUAGACCUACAGGCCAUGAGGAAACGACUGUCCGACACGGUCCGUGACUACGAGACCGCCAAACGGGAGGCCGACAGCGCGCGCGGGAAGCACAAGGUGGCCCUCUCCAAGCUGGAGUCGGUGGCGGCCGAGGCGGGCUCUCUGCGCGCUCAGUUUGCCGAGGUCAGCGGUCAGCGCGAUCGGCUACAGCAGGACCUGCGGCGCGCGCAGGCGCAGCUCAAACUCGACGACGGCGAGAGGAGAAAGGAGGGCGGCGCCAAAGACUGCGGUGACGAGCCGCCGCACCAGGCGUACCGCAACGCCAUCUACAAGUACGAGACGAUGCGUGACGAGUACGACGCCCUGCGGAGCCGUUACGACAGUGUCGUGACGUCACACUCGGCGGCUGUGAGCAAACUGGAGCUCUCCCAGGAGGAGGUAUCCCGUCUAAAGGCCCAGCUGGAAGAAGCCCUCCAACAGCAGGGGGCCGCCCUGCGCGAGCGGACGGCCGCUAUACGGGAGAGGGACGGCCUGAAACAGCAGUGUACCGCGGCCAUCAGACAGUGGGACAACGCGCUGCGUGAACGGAACGAGUUCAAGGAGGCCUGCAUUAAGCUGCAGCAGAAGCACGAGGACUCCAACAAGGAGGUGAACCAAGCGAUGGCGUCCCGUAUCAAGGCCAAUAAGGAGGUCAAGAGGCUGACCGAGGAGCGCAACGCCGCCGUCUACGAGACAAAUAAGAUCCUGGAGGAGCGCGACACGGUGCACAAGGAGAUGGAGCGGCUCCAGGAGGACUGUUCGACAGCCGAGGCGCGAGUCAAGGAGCUGGAGACCAGAAACAAAGACAUCACCUCAGAGCGGGAGUCGCUCCGCCGGGAGAUCGACUCGGCGCUGGCCGAGCGGGACCGGGCCCUGAGGCGGGCCCACGAGCUGCGCGACCAGCUGGGGGCGGGACACGACGCGCCGAACAAGAACAGCUGGAACAGCAACAUCAACAGCUACGACAGCAUCCAGCAGGACAGGACCAAGAGUAAGGACAGUCUGGACUCUGGCCGUUUGUCGGACACAAAGUCCUACAAGGAGCGACUGGAGGACCUGGACGCCGCCAACGCUGAGGUCGACAGACUCCGAAAACUGGCCGAGAAACUGCAGCAGGAGGUGCACGAGUGCCAACAAGAAGCGGACGUGUCCAAGCGGCGGCGCGACUGGGCGUUCGCCGAGCGUGACAAAAUCGUCAUGGAACGGGAGAGCAUCCGUCAGCUGUGCGACCGGCUGCGGAGGGAGAGGGACCGGGCGGUCAGCGACCAGGCCAAGGCCAUUCGGGAUGCGGACGACGUGCGGAAACAGAAAAACGAGGCCAAUAAAGAACUCAAACAGAUGAGGGAGCAGCUGGAGCAGCAGUCGCACCUCGCCUGCUACCCGUCGCCGGGCGGGGAGAUGGGACUGGCCGAGCCCGAGAGGCCUGAGUGGCUCAGUCUGCACCUCACACUCGACUCGGCGUGCGGCUCGGACCGUCUGCGCGGCGUCUCUCUGAUCGGCGGUGUGGACGGGGAGCGGGGUGCCGACGGCGGGCCCCAGCCGGUCACCGUGGGCUCCGUGGCGCCCGACUCUGCCGCCGCCGGCCGGCUGAUGCCCGGAGACCGCCUGCUGCGAGUGGGGAGCUUGGACUGUGCCAACAUGACGGCCCGACUGGUGCAGGAGGCGGUCCGGAGUAGUGUGGGGGCGGUGAGGCUCCUGGUGAGACGCCGCCGCACCGCGCGCACCACGCACCUUCUACUGUCGGAGAGGGAGUAUCACGGUAUCGGACUGGAGCAGGGGGUGUACAUUGGGAGGAUUGAACCGGGUAGCGCGGCCGCCAGGGAUGGCACGCUCAGUGUCGGCGAUCGACUACUGAUGGUGAAUGGCGCCGUGGUGGAUACGGCGGUCGGUGCCGACGCUGUGGCGCAGCUGCUCGACUCGUCUCCUAACCUGACCAUCACCGUUCGUCCCGGCGUGGGACUGCCGGCCGAGACGGCGACGCCGGCCGCUGCCGCCGCGUCCCCGUACUCGUCGCGGCGGAGAGACCGUCUGUCGACGGGUGGUCAGCGUGCUGAGUCCAGUCCGGCAGAGGCGGCCGCCGGGGACGGAGCCCGCAGCCCUCUGGCCAUGGUGAGGGAUAUAGUGUGUUCGGGAAGACGCUCCAAGGAGCGCUCCGCACCGACAGAGGCGCGUAUUGACGACGAGGCGCAGAAUGUCCUCGAUCAGUUCAAUGCAGUGCUAGAGAGUAGUGAAAAGGCCGACAAGAGGCGCCGCCGGGGCCGGAGGCGCGAGGAGCGCAAUGGCACGUGGCCCAAGUACCGCGGCGGGGGCGGGGCCGGCGGCUCGACCGAGUUGACUGCCCUGGCGGCUGCCGCCGGCGCAGCGACCGUCUCCCGCCCCGGCCGGCGCCGAGAGAGAAUGCCACUCUCAAUGCUGGUAGAUGAUACCACCAAACUCGACAAGUCGUACGAGAAGAGCGAGGAGUCGCUGGCCGCGUCUCCGUUUGACCCGUACAACUAUCUGCUGAGGGAGCAGUACGGCGCGGCGCGGGCGCCGCCGCCGCCCGACUUGGGGGCCAGUCUCACCCCAUCAGACACCAGCAUCGACUUCAGUGUGAAGAGCGUCAAACUGGACAAGGAGGGGCUCGAGUACUACACCAAGAAGAGUGGCAAGUACUCCCAGUCGGACUCGGAGUCUAACGUCAGUCCGGUGGAGACAGGCUCGUCCCUCGCGGUGACCUACCUGACUGAGGGCGCGGCGGCUGCGGCUGGUGGAGCUGCCGGCCCGGCCGCGGGGCGUGCUCAUCUACGCUCUCUGUACGGGUCGCCAGUGUCGUUUGUGCCUCCCUACAUGCCGUACACGCACACCCACACGCACACGCACGCGCCGACGUCUCGAUACUCGUCUCCUGUGCCGGUACAUUUGUCGGCGGUGUCGGCGGCUGAACAGCGACGAUCAGCUGGGUAUGACCCUGCGUUCGACCCGACGGCACCGAACCUGCCGCACGGGCUGUACCUUCACGCGCCGUCUCCCUCUCUGGACUACACGGCGGGCUACCCUCGGCCGGGGUAUCUCCUGGCGGACCACCGCCACGGCCCGGGCAGGGUCCCGGACCCGGCGCUGGGCCCGCGCGCGCGGCUGGCCUCGGCGCCCGGCAGUCGCCUGUCGUCCCCCGGCGGGCAGCGGGCCCCUUCAGCUGGCAGCGUGGAGCUAGGCGGGGACCUGCUCGAGCCGGGCAGCCCACCCAGCUUCAGCGUGGAGCUGCUGAACCCCGGCGGCGGCGGCUGCUCCACGUCCGGCAGCUCCAGCUGGCGGACGAAACCUCUGCCCGGGGAUCUACGGAACAUAGUGAUCGAGCGGAGUGACCACCAGCUCGGGAUCUCGAUCUCCUGUCACCCCAGUGGAGGGGUGUUCGUGGCAGAGGUCACCCACGGGAGCCUGGCCUCCCAGGUGAACCUCCAGGUGGGGGACCAGAUUCUGGAGGUGUGCGGGAUCAAUCUCCGCACUGCCAACCAUCAGAUGGCUGCUAGUGUUCUAUCGCAGUGUGGUGACUCUCGACGGAUCCUGGUGCAGUAUAACCCGGACCGGUACGAGCUGGCGCGCCGGUACGACGCCCAUCCUCCGCUCUCCUCCGGGGGAGAGGACGAGGAGGACGAGGAUGAGGACGAGGACUCUGGCCGCCCGGAGCCCUCCUGUAGCGGCUCGCCCACCCCGUGCAACUCCCCCAAACCGUGCCGCGACGAGCGCGAGCGGGAGGACGUGCCUCCGUCGGGGAGCUCGACUCUGCGCGGGCCGCUGGCGCUCGGCGCCGCCGCCACCGCCAGUCAGGCCAACACUCUGACCCGCCAGCAGAUGGCACAGGUCGCGUCCACACUGAGCCGCUCGGAGACGGUGAAACGCUCCGACACCGUGCGCCGCAGACAGGGCGGCGCCGAGGCGGCCCCUCCGGCGGCCGUCAGCCGGCGCGCCGCCGGCGACUCCUCAGAGGAGGAGGAUGAGGAGUCCUCGGCCCGCGUGGUGUACCUCGAGUCGGCUGGCUCGGCGAACCUGGGAGUGCAGUUAGUCGGAGGGAACGCCGUGGGAAUCUACGUGCACUCAGUGGAAACGGGCAGUUCGGCGGCGGCGGCGGGACUGCGCUGCGGGGACCGCAUCCUCGAGUAUAACGGCGCGGACCUGCGGCGAGCCACUGCCGAGCAGGCGGCUUGUGAGCUGGCCAAGCCCGCCGACAAGGUUACUGUGAGGGUGGUGUACCGCUACCAGCGCUACCUGCAGGUGCGCGACCAGCCCGGCGACUCGUUCUACGUCCGGGCGCAGUUCGACUACCAGCCCGAGGCGGGUAAUGGUACCGAGCUGAAGUUCCACCGGGAUAACAUACUGCUCGUCGUAAACACCAUGUUUAACGGCCAGCCCGGUCUGUGGCAGGCGUGGCUACUCGAUACGAGUAACGGACGGAAACUGCACUGCGGUAUCAUCCCCAGUAAGUUCAGCGUCGAUAACCAGCUGAACCGCUCCCAGGGCGACGUCUCCUCCGGCGACCCGGGCCGGCGGAGCUCCGUCUCCAUCCGCCGCUCCAUCUUCCGGCGCAAGUCCAAGCACCAGCGCUCCUCCAGUCGCGAGAGCAAGGAGCUGGCCAGCUUCAGUGACGUGAGCAUCAACGAGUUCUCGGAGCCGUCGGUCUCCACAGAGACGGUGAGCAGCUACCAGCGCGUGGAGCGACUCGACUCGUACAUCUCAGUGCGCCCCGUGCUGGUGGUGGGUCCACUGUCAGAGCUGAUUGCCGACCGACUGUGUGCUGAGUAUCCCCACCAGUUUGUCCGGCCGGCCCUGGAGGUGGUGCGGACACAGCAGGCGGCGAUCGACCAGCGCGUUCAGCAGGCGGCCAUAGUCGACUACAGGAGACGGGGUAGCCACUAUCAGGUGCUGACCGCCGCGGCCAUACGAGACUGGAGCGAUGGGGAUCGCCACUGUGUUCUCGAUAUGGAUGUGAGCGCCCUCGGCCGUCUGCACCGGCACCGGAUUCACCCGAUCGUGCUGCUGGUGCGCUUCAAGUCCGUCAAACAAAUACGCGAGGUACGGGAGUCUGUGUACCCCAUGGAGAAGGUGUGUACCAAGGCCGCCAAAGACAUGCACGAGAACGCCAGGAAGCUGGAACACGACCUGAAGAACGUCCUAUCCGCCACGGUGCCGGGCGGCGGCAACAUGGCCUAUCUGUGCACCCAGGUGAAGGCAGCAGUCGAGCAGGAGCAAAACAAGGCACUGUGGGUGCCUAGUGGGACCAUAUGACGUGCACAGGUCCUCUCCACUUGGGUAUAGUCGUCAGCGUGUCCCGCCAGCGACGGGACCGGACUACUGGCUGGGGAGAGGACUGAGAGAGGGAGAGAGGGGGGAGGGGACGGAGGGGCUACCUGAGCUAUACUGACCGAGUGGCCUGGGGCCACCGGCGGGCCCGCGCCACACAAGCUUUAUACCGCCGACAGCGCCGUAGAACUGCGUAGAAGCGUAGUGCUUGCCGGCGGAGCGUCGUCGCUGGACGGCGGAGUGUAUAUGUUUUUAUGAAAUAUGUAUAUGGACGCGUGGGAUCGGUGAGAUUACCAAAGCUAAAUAGCUGAGCGGGCUUAUAUUGAGUGUCAGCGGCAGCCGGAAUCACGGUGGCAGUCUCAGUGGGCGCAGCUCGGUUCGGUGUACACUCGCGGUGAGCCGUGAGCGGGGAGUGUAGCGUAGGACGGGGCAGCUGCAGAUGUGCCGCUGUGGUCUUCAUAGUACCGCUUAUAUACGGGCGCUUCGCGUAUCCGCUGCGCCGGCGUCUUGUCUUCUGUGGUCUGCGAGUGCCUUGUCUUGUUCAGGUGCCUGUAUCAGUGCCUUGACUCUUCCAGUGCCUUGCCUGUCUGUGUCUCUUUUCUCCAACAUUCAUGCCAACGUGUGUCUCGUCCAAUGCCUGUCAUAAAGCCUGUCCCGGUGUUUUUCAUCUCUCAUUGUGUGCCUUCCAAUGCCUUGCCUCUUCUAGUGCCUUUCGUCUUAUGGUGCCUGCGUGGACCGUCUUGUGGGCGUCUUCCGUAGCUCCUUAUAUGAGAGUUGUGAAUGAGGUCGAUUUGACUGACUGACGAUCGUAUCACAUUAUAUACUUCUUUACGAUUGUGCAUGAGUCUUUGUGGGGUACACAGCUGCUAUAUGUAUACCGUGCACUAUACUCGAUAUAGUGCACGUUUGUUCGUGAAUCACUGUGCAUGUUUAUAUGAGUAGAUGUGCGCGCAAUGUGCAUCUAUUCGAUGAUGAUUCGACAAUCACAGCAUUAUUACGUACGUGAGCUGCUGCACACAGCGUGAUCCUGUCUGCUUAUAUGAGUGAUCCCCCGGUACAUACGGGCGUAUGUUCGCCAACCUUGCAAAUGAGUCCGUUUGUGGACCGCUGCUAUGAUGUCAGCUCUCCGUUCGCUGGGCUUUCUCGGAAUACAGCUGCGGGCGCGA